AUGGCCAUAACUGCCAUCACCUACAACCAUACCUGGACCUUCUCUCAUCCUCAUAAUGCACUUCCCCUCUUCCUCUCACACAGCAAUUUCACCAGGAUCACAUUUUCUCAUAGAAAGUAUGGUGCUGCCUCUGCCCCCUCUUCUCCACUCUCCCAUUUUCGCGUAUUUUGCCGAUCGGAGACAGAGUCACUGGAGAUAAGAAGGUGCGCUCCUAUUCUAGAAAGUUCAUUACUUGGUGAUAAAGGUGGUGUGGGCUCAGACGAAUGGAAAGUAGUUCCUGAUAUUUGGAGAUCUUCUGCGGAGAAGUAUGGUGAUAAUGUAGCCUUAGUAGAUCCAUAUCAUCAUCCUCCCACAACUAUGACUUACAAACAGUUGGAGCAGGCAAUUUUGGAUUUUGCGGAAGGGUUGAGAGUUAUAGGGGUAAGAACUGAAGAGAAGCUUGCGCUUUUUGCUGACAAUUCAUGUCGUUGGCUUGUAGCAGAUCAAGUGGUGGAUAACCCUGAAAUGUUUAACCGGGUUGCAAACACAUUUUAUUCAAGGACUACCAUGAGGUUUGUAAUUUUGCUUUGGGGAGAAAAAUCAGAGGUGCUAUCAUCCACCCUAUUAAUUACCCCCACGUGCCUCCCACCCACCACACGUCACGGGUAUUACAUUGCCUCCAGAGGAACUUAUCCCCAAGCUGCCCAACUUCAAUUCCACUAUCCCUAA